AUGGCCAAUCGAAGGAAUAAAAUUAGUGUUCUCUUGAUCGUGUUCGCGAUGAUCUGGGCAAGAGUAAUUGCUCAAGAAAGUGAUGACUGCACGAACGUGUUGAUCAGCAUGUUGCCUUGCAUGGACUACAUCACGGACAACUCCUCGCCAGAAUUUUCAGGUUGCUGCACGCAGCUUAGCACGGUGGUUGAUAAAAAGCCAGAGUGCUUGUGCCAGCUCCUCAAUGGGGGUGGCUCCAAUCUUGGACUCAACAUUAGCCAGACUCAGGCUUCGACCCUCACUACUGCUUGCAAAGUUCAGACUCCACCUGCCAACCGCUGCAAAGGACGUGGAUCUUCAUCACAAGGAGGUUCCAAUGAUGCAACAUCAACCAAUAUGGCAGCUCCUAUUUCCUUCUUGUUUCUCCUUAUUGCUUCUUAUGCUUCAAUAAUCAACGUGGCCUGACUGUCUACCUACCGUAGACUUCCAAUGCAUUGUACCUACUGUAUCUUGAUUAGCUAGUUUGCUCUGUCAUGAAAGUGGACUCUUACUUUUCAAACAUUUGCUUUUUUUCAACAGUCAGUUUUCCAACAGGGCUGAUUUGUAAUUGUAUUGUAGUAUAUUCUUUCAUCAAUCAUUACUGUUAUACA